CGAGGGAAACACCAGGCUGGUUUGGAUUUGGAAAAGAACCAGUUUUAACCACUUUUGAGAAGAAAUUAUUUUGAUCGCUUCACCAAAAUGGUAGUCUUUACCUGCAGUGCAUGUGGAGACUCUGUGAAGAAAGGACAGGUUGAAAAACAUGUAAACAUUUGCAGGAACUGCCAGUGCCUCUCUUGUAUGGAUUGUGGCAAAGAUUUCUGGGGUGAUGAUUAUAAGAGCCAUGUGAAAUGUUUAAGCGAAGAUCAGAAAUAUGGUGGCAAGGGUUAUGAAGCCAAAUCUAACAAAGGAGAUGUUAAACAACAGGAGUGGAUUCAGAAGAUUCAUGAAGUUAUUAAAAAGCCUAACAUUAGCCCCAAACUGAGAAACAUCUUAGAGCAAAUGCUCAACUAUGACAAUAUUCCAAGAAAAAAGGGCAAAUUUCAGAAUUGGAUGGUGAACAACAUGAAUAUUGGUAAUUGUGCUCUGCAGGACCAGGUGUGGGAUAUUUUUUCUGAAGUAAUCAGCAAUGGGCCAAGCAAAAAAGAACUAGAGAAACCACUGCAGAAAAUAGAAAGCCAGCCUGUAAAAAGUGAAGUAAACCCAUUGUCCACAGAAAAAAAUGAAGUGACAGCUGAUAAACUUGAGAGAAAAAAGAGUAAAAGAGAACGAAAAGAAGAAAGACAAAAGAAUAGAAAGACAGAGAAAAAAGAAGUGAAAUUAGAAAGCCUACGAGAGAACUCUGAAACUAAACAAGGCAAAAAGCCUAAGAAAAAAAAGGGAUGUGCUGAGGAUGAAAAUGAGGAAACUUCCAACUGUAAUAAUGAGGAAAGGAAAAAAAAGAGAAAGCAUGAGAAGACUAAUACAUCUCAUCUGGAAAUAAAUGGAAAUGGCCAUUAUAAGGAAGAAAAACAAACCAAUACAAAAAAACAAAAACGCAAACAUGCAGAAGAAGAACCCAACACAGUAACAAAAAGAAUGAAAUACACAAAAUCAUCUGUGGCAACAGAAAAUGAAGAAAGUGGGGAUGCAGCCAUUGAAACUGAAGAAAGUGGGGAUGCAGAUAAAGGUAAAUUCAACUGGAAGGGAACUAUCAAAGCUGUUCUGAAGCAAGCCCCAAACCAUGAAAUUUCAAUUAAAAAACUAAGAAAAAAGGUUUUAGCUCAGUUUCAUGCAGUAGUUGGUGAAUAUCAUAAAUCACAAGAGGAUCUUCUGGUCAUAUUUAAUAAGAAAGUGAACAACAAUCCCAAAUUCAAGGUUUUAAAGGACAGAGUUAAACUUAUGAAAUAGACUAUGAAUAUUUUUAUAAUACUCAAAUUUUAUUUGCAGACUGUAUCCAAAUUCUCCUAUGAAGUACGCAAACAGUUUUCACUGAUUACAAUAUAUACUGAAUAUAUAUUACAGCUUAUUUAGUUGUAAUUCUAUUCCUGGAUUUCCCAAUCCUCCCCACCCCUUUUUUCCCCCCUAUGUUCAUAUGUACAAUUGAAAAAUUGGGAAUGGUUCCACAUCUUGUUUCCAGACAUUUUGAUUUUACAGCAAAUGUAUAUCUUUUGUAGAAUUUUUAACAGAAUGGAAAAUUGCUGCCCAGUCUAUUAAAAUCCUUUUCAUGG